AUGGGAGGGCAAGUUCAACCUAUCCACUAUGACCCUGACUCCGUAAAACAGCUAUCUAAGGAGAUUCUAGUUGCUUCUGGAAUUGGCGCUCUAAAGGGCGCAGUAGUUGGUAUUACUACCGCUUUGCUACUACGUAGAUUUUCAACAACUUACCGCAAUGUGAGAACGCAAGUUCGUGUGUUCUAUCACUGCUCGUGGAUAUCAAUGGGGGCAGUUUUUUAUGCCGAUAAGCAACUAUUGAAGUUCCAAAGCAACUAUUACGAAAACGAACUGAAAAGAAGAUCAAGAAUUCUUGACGAAGCUGCAGAUCGGGGUAUCUUUCUUGAGGAAGACUCUGCUGUAACUAGUACUACAUCGUAA